AUGAAAAUCAUAGAGCAAGAGAGGGAGGCUGAAGCCAUUCGCGGUGCACUGUACCUUAGCGUGGCCCUUGCAAUCGCGUGGAUAAUAGGCGCGGCGGGAUUAUCAUUGGCAUGGCUGGUGCUGGUUCUGGCAUUAGCAGGGACGAUAUUUAAAACAAGAAUAUCGAGGCUUCUUCAGUCAGCGAUCCAACAGGAACUGGGUAGGCUGCGUCGAAGAAGGGCUCUAUAUAAGGACGAAACCGCCGAAUGGCUAAGUUUACUCCUCAACAAAUGGUGGAGAUUCAGCGCCGCGAGUAUAUUCUCCUUAGCGAAGGAAAGGCUGGAACCGUUAUUAAAUGAAGCUAAACCUGGAAUACUCGGACCAUUGGAGCUGAGGGAACUCACCUUUGGCGAACAGACCCCCUGUGUGACACGCGUAAGAACUUUAGACUACACCAACGACGAUGACAACCUCGACGGUCCAAUCGGGCAAACAAAAGUGUCCAUUGAGGCCGACGUACGGCUCGAUUGCGAGCAGUUUCGUAUGCUGAUCACAACGAGACUGUUCGGGAAAGGGGUCGGCAUGGACGUGGAUUUGGCCGUGGAGAAACUAUCACUCUCGGGAACGAUACUGGCCACCCUGACCCUUAACUCCAUGGCGCCGUUUCCCCAUGCAACCUCUUUAAGCGUGAGCUUCUUGGAGAAACCGGACGUCUGGUUCAGCGUGAGAAUCCUCCGGGCCGUGCAAAUGAUGGAAAUGCCUUUAAUUAAGACCUGGAUCCACGCAGUGGUCACGGACGCGCUGGCCAGCUGGAUCGUCGAUCCGGGCCACUUGGAGAUGGAUCUGAGAGCGCAAGAACGGCCCGGGCCGAGAUUGGAUUUUAUGGCGAAUUCCAUACCCCGGGGUGUGCUCACCGUUGUCCUCUCCCAAAAUGGCUGUUCAGGUAAUCGACCUCCGAUCGGUGACGAGGCGAGAUGGCUGGUGGUAACGCUAGGCGAUCAAAGGAGUGUGACGACUCCCUUAAAUUCCACUUGGAACGAGGACGUCUCGUUCCUAGUUGGUGCCUUGGAUAACGAGAAAGUAUCCAUCAAAUUAAAAGCUAAACGACUUGUCAGCACGAUCACUUUGGCGCAUUUCGAAUUGGCGCUAGGUGUUUAUAACUGGGACGGCUCGCAGAUAGUCGAAACAGUAUUGCAGCAGAAGAAACCGUCCCGCAACAGUGCAAACAUUCCAAACAUCAACGCUCGAUUAGAAUACACAGCACUCCCGAAAUUGGAUCCAGAUCUACCGCAACCAGAAAUAACCGAAGACAAUUCACAUCUCUCAGGAGUGCUCGUGGUGUACAUUCAUUCGGCGGACAAUCUGAACAGCGACAAUUCUCAGUGUAACCCUUACUGCAUGUUAUUUAACAAUCGAAAGAAGGUGAAGACCACGCAUUAUGUUCGAAGUACCACAUCGCCGUGCUGGGAAUCCAGGGCUCAGUUUCUGGUUCAGGAUUAUACUCAAGUGUCGUUGAGCUUCGUCGUGUACUCCUGGAACAUAGCGAAAUCGAGUGACAGCGAUAUGCUUGGACUCGCUAUACUGUCUUUGUCGCAGGACAGCACAUGGAUAAUUAGAAAAGACCUGCCUCUCAGCGGCUCGAACAAUAUGUCAACAAUGACGGUGUCCGUAAUGUUCCAUCCGGUGAAAAGCGUGCAGCAAGUGGUCACCAGUCGUAGAAGUAGCUUGGCCCUUCCCAUGUCGGACGACGAACCGAAAACGAAGAGGAACAGCCUGCCUUGGAUGCAACAGGCAAAGCUGCUACUAACCCACAAGGACAUAGAUCCUGCCUCGUCGGACGUAUCCAGUCUGCUGUCCACCGGAAGCGGACUGAUGGAGGUGACGCUGAUACGAGCCAAGGAUCUCAUGGCGAAAGAUUUGAACGGGUUUAGCGAUCCUUUUUGCGAAUUAAAGCUGAACAACGAGACGAAAUACAAGAGCAGCAUAAAGAAGAAGACGUUGAAUCCUUGCUGGGAUGAAAGUUCCAUCAUGGGCUUGCCUAGGACAGGCGAGACCUUGGAUGUCGUUUUAUGGGAUCAUGAUACUUUUGGUAUGAAAGAUUAUCUUGGAAAAGUAUCAUUGACUCUCGAUGACAUCCGGAAAUUGUCGAACAACGAUCAGUCCAAUUGGUUUACGUUAAGGGGAACCAAAACCGGAUCUGUAGAACUGAAGAUUAAGGUCCUGUCCGAAGAGUGUGAGACUCAAAGCACGUACGCAGCCAGCAAUAUUAGCGAGAGUUCAAUGCAGCUGAAUAUCGAGAGCUCUGAAACGGUGUCGAACAUUAUUAGGAGACCGUCGAUGGAAAAGUCGAAGAUGAGACUACAUUUGGAUGUCGUGCCGCCCCCGCCACCGCCGCGCACAGUGACACUGUUGAAACCAACAGUUUCUAGUCAAUCUGACAAAGCUAGUAUUGGAAGCAAAGAUUCCAGCGAGAUGAACGGCACCCAGAAUUCAUGGAUACCUAGCGUUAUCACGGAAACGGUAACGGACGUGAUCGAUACCACCGAUGCGGCGAAAUUGAGAGAAAGACGAUCAUCUCAUAACAGUCUGACACCAAGCCCGGAACAAGGCUUUGGCAAGAAGUUACCGCAAUACAACAGCUUCCGUGUCAUGAAGCAAAAGGUGAAGAGAGGACUAAAACUUCGUAGAUUUCGGUCAGAAGUAAAUAUAGAAGAGAAGAAUGAUGCGAAGGGUAUAACAUUAAGUCUAGAACCCAGAGGGGGUGGAGAAGCUGAUGCUACAGAGCUAUUACAAGAAUCUGGCUUAGCUCAUGCUGUAUCACAACCCGAUAUGCUCGGCAGAAUAAGACAGUCUAGUCCACGUUUAAGGCUGAGACCAAAUGAAUUAAAAAUUGUCAAUGGUACCAGAGAAAAAUAUUCAGGAAUAGAAGGUAAAGUUCUGCAGGCACAAGGUCUUCAUGUUGCACAUAUCGCUCAAUUAUAUUGUAGAAUUAAACUUCAAACUUGUACCAGUCCUAAUAAGAUUGCAUCAUCGGCAAAUAAUGGUAAAACUUUGGCAAAAUCUCGACUUUUACCCGCUAUGCCCAAUCCUCAAUUCAGUAUAGACUUCCACAUAGAAGGCGACAAUGUUCCAAGACAAUCUUUAUUGAUAUUUGAGAUUCGAAGUGCUAGUAAAGAGUUGCUAGCUAGUCGACGAAUCAGCCUUCAUGAAUUAUUAGGAGUCUCAGCAGCAACUGAUGAAAUUCGGACAUGGUUGGCAUUAAAUAAUGGAGCAUCGUUAGAAGUACAAAUUGCUCAUGGGAGGGAACUAAAAAGUAAAUCCACGAAGAAACUAUUCCGAUCUUGGUCAGUACACAGAAUCGGAAAAAUAUAA